AUGACAUCGUGGUUUUUGGGUAAGGAUUCUGCAUCCUGGUGGGAGCAAGAACUUCGUCGUUUAUCUCCAGCGAAGAAGACUGAUCAGGAUAUAUUCAGAGAGUUGUUCAGGAGAAGGUUUGUGCCUCCUGAGUAUAUUAACUGCAAAAAGCAGGAAUUCACUGAGUUGAGACAGGGGAAGCUGACAGCAAACGAGUACUACCAAAGGUUUACUGAUUUGUCUCGCUAUCAUCCAGAUGUUGCUGGCAAUCUGGCGGAGAUGCUUCAUCGUUUCCGUUUAGGCACUAAGAAGAAGUGGCGUUCGAUGCCGGCCACUACCCCAUGUGACACCUACCAGGAGUUUUAUGAGAUUCUGUUGAGAAUUGAGGAUUCAGAGAACAUGCCGAGCGAGAGUGAGGAGGAAGAGAAAGAUGAUAAUCAGAGGAAAGAUGAUAAAGGUAAGGGUCAGGCGUCGCUCGGACCUCGUAGGACCCCGAACUUCAAGAGGGGUAGUAAUAGUUCUAGCUCUUCUAGCGGUGGCUUUAACACCACUGGUCAGGGUCGUGGUGGUAGGUUUGCUGGUGGUACCAGAGGCCAGAGACAGGGUGAUACUGGUAAAGGUAGGGCCCCAGUUUGCCGCAGGUGUAAUAAUCGACAUUUUGGCGAGUGUAGGCAAGGCAGCAGUGGUUGCUUUACUUGUGGGCAGAUGGGACAUCGAGCUGCAAAUUGUCUCCAGAGUCAGCAGAAGCCUCAGCAGACUUUCUUGCCACCACCGGCAUCGAUCCAGCAGAUUCCUGGUCCUGGUAGUUGA